AUGUCCUACUCCGACCCUGAAGAGUAUAGAUUUCUUAAUAGAUCUCAAAAAGGGCACUCUCUAAAUUAUGCAAAACAGAGACCGAGCAAGAAGCAUACGCGAAACGAUUUCUAUGUCACUAAGACAUUAUAUGAUCCAAUGAAUACUGUCAGCAAGAAACACCGAACGAAAAUACUUGCAGAUAAGUUGGACGGGUUUUCCUUCAACGUUUCAUACUCCAUGAAUAAGAAAGAAAGAUGGGAGAAGAUAGACCGUAUCGCUCUUCUCAAAAUUCGACAGUCGUCAGAUGAUGCUUUGGAGACCAUCGUAGUAAACAGGGUGGAUGUUCCAUCUUCUGAUGACCAUCGCGGCAAAACAGUUAAAAGCAUCAACUUAAUUCAGAAUGAUGGCAUUGCAACCUUGGGCUGUGGGGGGAGACCACAUACGCUCAGCCACUUUAUCGGUCAAAUUAGGGAUUUGAAGCAUAUGGACAAGAAAGAAGCAGAUCCGGCAAGAAUGCUCUUCAACUUUUCCAGUAUUCGUCAAUCGCCUGCCAAACGAAUGAAAAGAAAAUCCAAACAAAAGAAACGAAGAGCCUACCAAAAUGUCUUCGAUACCGACUACGAGGACUACGAUACUUCAGAAACGCUUGAGUGCGAACCAUAUGCGAGUGAAGAAGAGUCUGCUGUCAAUGAACGAGAUUCCUCUUCCUGCGACAAUGACUCCAUCAAGUUUAAAACCACUCUACCGGGUCCUAAACCGGACGAAUACUUGAGAGUGAGCAUAAAGCACAUUAUAGCUGGAAGAAAGACGGUGAUAUGGAUCGUGCAACCUAGUGCUACUGCUACUGCUUCGGAUGCUUCUAGUGCAGAAAAAUCUAUUUUUGAAGUGAUUGAAAUUCCACUUGGAAGUUUCAAACCUUUUAGCGUUGAGAUCUUGCCAUUCACACGGAAAGGACUUCGUAAAAAAUGGCUCGAGCCCAGGCGCCUUUUCAUUUCUAGUCUCGAAAUCCCUCAUCCAAAAUUUGUAAUAUUUUUCGAGGAAGAUAAGAGCCAGAAUAUAUUGAGGGUCAGAGUUAGUACAGACUCGUCCUAUACAAAAUCAGCAAGCAGAACCCGCUUAAUGGACAUCGUGAAAACGAAAAAAGAAAGUGACCUUUCCGCACUGUUUAAUGACCUGUAUGACUUCAUCAAUGAUACAACAACAGAUUGGAUAAAAGAUUACUGCAAUAGCUAUGAUUGGGACUGCCGGAUAAAGCAGUAUCCUGAAGGAUUUCGAUGCCGCGUCAACAGCAGAUUGAUAGCACCCAUGGCUGCGAGUAGCUUUGAGUUCGAGCAAAUGAGUCAACUCAGACAACUAUAUGAGCAAGCAAGCCCUAACGUGGAAAAUCCUGGAUUUUGUUCUGACUCGGAGUUUACCGCAAAAUGUUGUUUUUGUCGAAAGAAAGGCAAAAGUGAUUGUUUUCGGCUAUCGACGGGAAUGGUUUGUCGCGAAUGUGCAUCUAUCUCGAUCAUUGAUCAGUUGGAGCGUAAAAAGUUUCCCAUUGAUAUUCCGAGAAUUUCUCCUUCUUCUGCUCUUCAUUUCGAAGUUCUAUACUCAGUUUUGCCCAUACCCACGGUAGCUUCGUUACUGAAAGAAUCGUUAGCUUUUCAAGCUAAACCCAGAUUUGAAAUGCGAUUCGUCACAUGUCCUAAGUGCGCAAUGCCAUAUGACUGUCCGAUGCCACUCGCCACUACUGAAGACUGUGUUUUCAACAGCUGCUCAUGCACAAAGUGUUUUACUGCGUUCUGUUAUCUUUGUGAAUGGGAGCCGCACUGGCCUAUGAGUUGCGAGCAAUUCAAGAAAUGGACUUCGCGAUGGGAUACGCAAUAUUUCUAUGAGAAUCACCAUAUAGAUGGCGAACAAUUGCGAUUAUGCUGCGCUUGCGAGGAGUUCUACAGUGUAGGCACCACUAGAUAUUUACUUGGAUUUGUUUAUCUGCUAUUGUUGCAUUUUAGACCGCCAUUUUUACAAUCGCACGAUCAUAGUCAUGAUUCCAAAUUCAAUUGGAAUGAUAUGGCCAUAAAGUUGCGCAGGCAUCUCACUGCUUUGAAAAUAAAUGUCAAGAAUUGUAAAAUAUGCUUAUGCGCAUACGCAAGGAGACAAAGAUUUUUGCAAAAUAGUGAUUUUGAGAAAUAUGUCAUGACUACAUUCAACGCGGAAAAGAAGGAAAAGUUUAAGAAUCAGAGAAAAACGGUACUCUAUUUGAUCGAGUUUUGCACUGGCUGGUUAUAUGUAGCCAAACCCUUUGACUGGAAACAUUUGAGUUUGCAAAUAUCAAAUCUCAAUAAGAGCCUUCAACUCCUUGAGCUGCAGAUUCCUUUAGCAAGGGACGAUUUUAUGAAGCAUAUGGGUGAACUUGAGGAGGAGACCAAGAACCUCAUCGAACUUGUUCGAAAGAGUUUACGCCAGUCAUAG